CGCCAGGGCCUGGGAGAUGCUUGGCUGGCACCCAGACAAUGCCCGGAGCGCCCGGGAAAGUUGGGAGUUAGUGGAGUGUGCGGGUGGAGAAGGGGCUGCGCGCGGACAGGAGCCAGCAGACCCGGGGAAAGGUGUGUCGAGCAGGUCUUGGACCUGCACAGUGAGAUGUUUUCUCAUGGCAGCAAGUAAAUCCCUUAGUUCUUGUCAACAUGAGUAGGAAACCUGGAGAGGGUGGUGGAAAGGCAUCCAGCAUAUUUAAGAUGCCACAGUUGCGUUCUGCUUUGCUUGACUCCUUUGGGUUCUGAAGCAUUUUAACUUCAUCCACAGCUGACAAGGAAUGUGGCAGAUCAGUAUCUGAAUGGCUCUGGGUUAUGGAGAGGAGCGAGCAGGCAGGUAGUACAGGUAGGGAGAGAGAGGAACUCAAGAGCGAGCAAGAGAUGUACUUAGGGACUGAAAGGACACGCAAUGUUAGAAAACCAAAAGGUGGAGGGAGCAUCCUCAGCAGUGAAAGGAGCGUUGCUAACUGUUCAAAUUUUAUGUGCAGGACAUUUGGCGUCGUAAGGGAAGAGAACAUGCGUAAUGAGAUUAACCGUGCUGAUAAGGAGGCAACUUCACAGGAGCUGCUAAGAUGGGCAUGAGGAUCAAACUACAAAGCACCAACCACCCCAACAACCUGCUGAAGGAACUCAACAAGUGCCGGCUCUCGGAGACCAUGUGCGAUGUCACCAUCGUGGUGGGGAGCCGCUCCUUCCCGGCCCACAAAGCUGUGCUGGCCUGCGCAGCUGGCUACUUCCAGAACCUCUUCCUGAAUACUGGGCUCGAUGCCGCCAGGACCUAUGUGGUGGACUUUAUCACUCCCGCCAACUUCGAGAAGAUUCUGAGCUUUGUCUACACAUCUGAGCUCUUCACAGACCUGAUCAACGUUGGGGUGAUCUACGAGGUAGCUGAGCGUCUGGGUAUGGAGGACCUCCUCCGGGCCUGCCACUCCACCUUCCCUGACCUGGAGAGCACUGCCGUGGCCAAGUCCCUGACCAGCACCAGUGAGAGCCACUCGGGCACCCUGAGCUGUAGCUCAGCAGAACCUGCCCAUCCCCUUGGAGAACUCCGGGGUGGCGGGGAGCACUUCGGUCCUGAUAGAAACUAUGUUUUACCUAGUGAUGCUGGAGGAAGCUAUAAAGAUGAAGAGAGAAAUGUUACCGGUGACUCUAACCAUAGCCUGCCCCUGCCACAGCAGCCAUUGCCGCCAAAGACGGAAGACCAUGAUAAUCCUGCUCCUUUCCCAUCUGUACCUAAUGUGGUGACCCAGCCAGCCCUCGGCACUGCCAGCAUGGGCAUCCAAACCAGCACAAGCUCCUGCCAGCCGUACAAGCUUCAGAGCAAUGGAGACUUCAGUAAAAACAGCUUCUUCCCCCCGGACAGUGCGAUAGACAUCACCACUGGGACCAACUCCUGUCUGAGCAAUAGCGACCACUCCAAGGACCCAGGCUUUGAGCAGAUGGAUGACCUCCAGCUGGAGGACCUGGGGGAUGACGACUUGCAGUUUGAAGACCCCACCGAGGAGAUCGGCACAGCUGAGGAGGUGAUUGAGUUGAGCGAUGACAGUGAGGAUGAGCUGACUUUUGGAGACAAUGACAACCGGGAGAAUAAGGCCAUGCCCUGCCAGGUGUGCAAGAAAGUUCUAGAGCCCAACAUUCAACUGAUCCGACAGCAUGCUCGGGACCACGUGGACCUGCUGACAGGCAACUGCAAGGUAUGCGAGACCCACUUCCAGGACCGAAACUCCCGGGUGACCCAUGUCCUGUCUCACAUCGGGAUUUUCCUCUUCUCCUGCGACAUGUGUGAAACUAAGUUCUUUACCCAGUGGCAGCUGACGCUCCACCGACGGGAUGGGAUAUUUGAGAACAACAUCAUUGUCCACCCCAAUGACCCCCUGCCGGGGAAGCUGGGCUUGUUUUCAGGGGCAGCCUCCGCAGAAUUGAAAUGCGCUGCCUGCGGGAAGGCACUGGCCAAAGAUUUCCACGUGGUCCGGGGCCACAUCCUAGACCAUCUGACCUUGAAGGGCCAGGCCUGCAGCGUCUGUGACCAGCGCCACCUCAACCUCUGCAGCCUCAUGUGGCACAUGCUGUCCCAUCUCGGCAUUUCGGUCUUCUCCUGCUCUGUCUGUGCGAACAGCUUUGUGGACUGGCAUCUCCUAGAGAAGCACAUGGCUGUGCACCAAAGCCUGGAAGACACCCUCUUCCGCUGCCACUUGUGUAGCCAGAGCUUCAAGUCGGAGGCUGCCUAUCGCUACCAUGUCAGCCAGCACAAAUGCAGCAGCGGCCUUGACCCCCGGCCUGGCUUUGGGCUGCAGCACCCAGCUCUCCCGAAGCGGAAGCUGCCAGCGGAGGAGUUCCUGAGUGAGGAGCUGGCUUUACAGGGCCAACCUGGGAACAGCAAGUAUAGCUGCAAGGUCUGUGGCAAAAGAUUUGCCCACACAAGUGAGUUCAACUACCACCGGCGGAUCCACACGGGCGAGAAGCCGUACCAGUGCAAGGUGUGCCACAAGUUCUUCCGAGGCCGAUCGACCAUCAAGUGCCACCUGAAGACGCACUCGGGGGCCCUCAUGUACCGCUGCACAGUCUGUGGCCACUACAGCUCCACCCUGAACCUCAUGAGCAAGCACGUGGGUGUGCACAAAGGCAGCCUACCGCCCGACUUCACCAUUGAGCAGACCUUCAUGUACAUUAUCCAUUCCAAAGAGGCGGAGAAGAGCCCGGACAGCUGACUGGGUCCCACCGGAGCCAAGGGGAGCUCCCAGGUGGCAGCCAGGACAUUGACUUUCUAGUGGCUGUUCAUCCCACCCUAGCCGAAGUUACAGUUUUGCCUUGCUGGGAAUUCUGUUCUGUCUUGCGUUUAAAGAAGAAAAAAA